CGGAACGUGCGUUUGACUCAGCCGACUUCUCUGUUGCCCGCGACAACGGCGCUGUCUGCGACGCGUCAGUCCGCGCUUCCGCUGCCCCGUACUAUACAGGAGCCGGUGGUGCGACAACAUCGCAUUGCGUCAGACUUGGCCGAGCUAAGAAGUUCACGGUAGUUUCGCAAGGCGAGGGGAGUGAGGUGCGAUCCAAACAGCUGCGAUAGAGAAGCUCAGCUGACAGCAAAGUGCUCGCUGAUUGAAGUGCGCAGCGCGCGGUAUUCGACGUGCCUCCGCUACCGGACAGUACACCUGCGCGCGCGCUUUGUGGCGUGAAGUUCGCUCCAAGGCUGUUGCUGCUGCUACCGUUGCAUCUGGAAGAAAGGCGCAGUUUGUUGCAAUACACGGGACCAGCUUGGCGCGACAUUCAAAGCGUCAGUGACCACACAAUAGACUCUGCAAGUCUCUCUUAAUUUAUAUUUCUUUGUGCCCCCGUCGUUCUCCUUUUUUUUUUCGUACGCUUUGGCUUCCGGUAUUGAAGACGGCCUUCGUCCGUAAGCUACCUGUAUAAGGUGAAAGCCUCGGCGCCGUUGUCGCUUACGAAGAAAGCGUGGAGAACCCUGCAUCCGGGAAGACGUACCUCCACGCCGUGUUCUGCCGUUUGCCACCCGCGAUGCCGGGGUCGCUGGAAGAAAACGGCAUCCCGCUCCUCCGCUCGGACAGUGGCCUCAACGGCCACGCGACGAGGAAGAGCAGCGGGUCAUCGUCGUCAGUGACACGUCUACGUGGACACAGGCCCAGUUCGAGCGACGCCGGCGACGCCUACGUCGGCUCCAAGCUGGCUCUCUCAAAUGAGUCUGAAGAGAAGGCACGGCGUACGGCAGCAACAUCAUCGGAUAAGGAAUCGCUCGACGAGUCGCAGCUGCUGCCGCAGGAGUUUGUGGUGUCCUUCCAGAAUGGGGGUAGCCCCGUGGUUGACAUUGAGAAUGGUGCAGCACGAUCGAGUGAUGUGUUCCGGCAGUCCCGGUGUAAUGCUGUCUACCUUGACUGGAAGAACAUCACAUACACGGUGCCUGUCAAGAAGAAAGAAAAAAAGGCCCUCAUCAGCCGCAUGUAUGGCAGGGCAGAACCAGGCACAUUGACGGCCAUCAUGGGCCCCUCAGGUGCUGGCAAGACUACACUGAUGAAUGUCCUCUCUGGUCAUUAUGACAAAGGCUACCAAGGGGAAGUCCAAGUCAAUGGCUGGGUGCGGGACACGGAGCUCUUCAACCAGCAAAGCUGCUACGUCAUGCAGGAUGACUGCCUGCUCCCCGAACUUACGGUGCGCGAGGCACUCACCGUGGGUGUCCAGCUGCGUAUGCCGUCCCUCAACCGCUCCAAGCGUGAGCAGCUGGUGGACGAAGCAGUGACGCGAUGGGGUCUGGACAUAUGUCAGCACACACGUACCAGCUGCCUCUCAGGUGGUCAGCGCAAGCGGCUAGCGAUCUCCCAGGAGCUAAUCAGCAACCCCCCAGUCAUCUUUCUCGAUGAGCCUACCAGUGGCCUGGACAGUACUUCUGCACUCCGCUGUGUGAAGGUGAUGAAGACAUUGGCUGCAGCAGGCCACACGGUACUCUGCUCCAUACACAAUCCGAGUGCAAAACUCUUCUCGCACUUUGAUAGGCUCUACAUGAUUUCGGAAGGAAUGUGCAUCUACAAUGGGCCAGUGGACAAGCUGCUUAACUUUCUGUCCACGCAGAACCUGCAUUGCCCCAUUUACCACAACCCAGCAGACUUUAUCACUGAAAUUGCAUCUGGUGAGUAUGGCAACCUAAACAAGCAGUUGUCAAAAUCAUUCACACCAGACUAUUCAGAGGAGGUCAAUGAAAAGAAGCUGGACCACCCUGUACUCACAGAGUAUGGAGGCAAGAUCAUGAACAAGAAGGAAAAAGCUGAAGAGAUGGAGUUGCACCGGAUGCACGUCAACUACUUCCACCAGUUUGUCGUGCUUGUCAAGCGGUGCUUCUUGUGUGUGAUCAGAAACAAGGUUGCCACGCUGCUGCGCCUGGUGGCAUACAUUUUCAUAGCGGGCAUGCUGACAGUGCUGUUCUAUGAUGUGGGCAACAGCGCCACCCGUGUAAUCAGCAACUCCGCCCUUUUCCUGCUCUGCCUCACCAUGGCCCUGUUCCAGUCGGCCAUGCCAACCGUCCUCAUCUUUCCAACUGAGUUAAGUGUGCUGCUCAGAGAGCACAGAAACUGUUGGUACAGCCCAUUCAUGUACUACAUAGCCAGGAUAAUUACCGAGCUUCCUUUUACGAUAUUUGGCCCGCUUGCCAUGAUGUCGUUGCUGUACUGGACGACAGGACAGCCACAAGAGAUGUGGCGCGCUGCAACUGUGGUCAUGUUCGUCAUCCAAGUGGGCUCUGUGUCCCAGGGGCUGGCUCUUGUGGUCUCGGCACUGAGCAGCAUACAGACGGCUGUGUUCCUGGUGAUGCCUGUGGCGUCACCAUCGUUCCUUUUCUCUGGCUUCUUCGUGCAAGCACGGCAUAUUCCAGUGGCCUUCCGCUGGAUUAUGGAGACUUCACACUUAUACCAUGGCAUGCAGGGGCUUUUGGAGGCCCUGUAUGGCCGUGGACGUCCCGAGCUCGACUGUGAGGAGGAUGAGCUCUGCUUCCUCAGUGACCCUGAGGAGGUCCUCAGGCACCUGGACGUCAAUAAUGUCGACAUCUCUCACAAGUUCCUCAUCCUCAUCGCCAUGGACCUCUUCUAUCGGCUUGCCGCAUUCCUCAUACUCAAGUGGUGGCGCCUGCGGAGGAAGCGCUAGUAGUCGGACUGAGGUGACUCAUUGUAUGCUCAUUGUCCAUCAGCUUAUCUGUUAAGCACAAUCUCUUAAUCUGUUCAACAGUGCUGAGCACCGGAAGUCUAGGCUGUUUUAAUGUCGGCUCGUUAGGUCUCAUGCUUUGCAGUGGCUACCUCUGUCUGCCUCUACAUUUUAACAGAAGCUUACCGAAUGUAACACAUGGCAGAUAUUUGGCCGCACCUCUGGGCCACCUACUAUAGGGGGACUGCAUUCAGGAAUGAUCACUUUUGGUGGUACCUUCUCUACACUCCUUUCACGGCAAUACUUUGCAGUGUCACGCUCAUGAGGGUUUUACUAGAGCUUCAACGGCACAGGCUUAACAAACCUUUUUUCUUCAUUAGGCCAAGCUGUCAUUAACAUAGGAGCAAAAUUUAUGCUUCUACACACACCAGACGACGUACAGUAUCGCUCAAAAUGUGUCAUGUUCUAUUCUGCAGCUAUCUUAAAUAUUGUCCAUCAUUCUUCAUUUACAGUGUUGCAUGAUUAUGACAAACUUUUCACAAAUGUUUGUAUGAUAAUGUGUCGGUGGGUAGAACAUUGCUCUCACCUUUGGUUGGUUGCAUCUUCUACCAUAUUGAAGGCAGUGAAAGCAAAAUGAAAGCCUACAUUUUCUGCUGAUUGGGAGCAAUUUUGGCCCUUCAUAACACUGGAGAGGCACAAAACAGACACACAGACCAAAAAAAAAAAAAACUGUGUGAAAGAUGUUUGGAGCCAGUGCUCUGCCACGCCAAAGACAUUUUACAACUUUAUUAAAAUUAUGAGGACUGAACUUUCUUAACUUCCCUUUCCUUUCUCUUCCCUCCACCCCCUCCAGCAAUACUACCACUUUCACAUGACAUGCCAACACUCAUCAGGCCUCCUCAGUCUUAAAGAAAGCAUUUUUCGUAAUGUGAUGUGUCUGUUGCCAGCCCUGUUGUUUCAGUGCAGUUUCUGAUGACGUGGGAGGAGACUAACUCUAGCAUGAAGUGUGUCAUGACGUGCACCAAUUUGCAGUUCCUAGAACUUCUGACUUAGCCUCUCGGCAUACUCUGCAAAAGUUUUAUCCCCAGAAGUGAUCAUUCCAAUGUAACGCCACUCCUUUACCUCGACACGUUUUUGUGUCAAAGGCGGCAAAUCUCUCAACGUGCAGAACUUGCUGCUAUUCUACCAGGUUUCACUUUAUUCCUUCAGCGCUGUGCUCAGAUUCACCUUUCGCCUGAUGGCGCUUUUUUUCAUUCGUCAGACGUGAGAUGCAGUGCUUUAAAUGUGAAGUGCCUUGGUGUGUGGUUCUUCUGUCAUUGGUUGUGUUGAAUGGACUCCGCUCUUCCAUGCGCUGCACUUUGAUUGUCUUGUGAGGCACCUGCAAAGAAAGCACUGGGACACUGUGAGCUGUGCCCUGAACUGUACCUGCUAUGUACCUGCGUUUCCCCGCCGCUGUUCUGGCUGGCUGUUUCCCCAGUUCCAACAUGUGCUUGUUAUAUAAAGCACGUAUUAAGCUACUUCUCGGUCUUCAGUUCCAGUGCAGUAUCAUUGUUGCGCACUUCUAGCAAAAGUUGGGCUUGAUCCUCUUAUCCCUCUUGAAGCAUUCUGUAUGUGUUCCAAUACUUUGAGGCGUUGUUCUUUUAGAAAUGUUGGUGUGUUGAGGUGGGUAUCCAUAUGACUUCUUCGUGAAUGAUACAGAAAACUUAGAGACUGCCUACAGUUUUUCAAGGACAUUCUCUUUUGCAGCGCAAUAGGAACAAUAGGAAUAGCAAUUCAAGGUGUCUAGAUGUGCUGUGAUUUGUAUAGAAAGCAUGCUGAAAAUUUUAGCACAAUUUUUUGAUCUGCAGAGUCUCCUCUUAAAACUGUGUAUGGAUGUCAAUGACACCGAUUACUGGACGCAGUGGCAAUCUCAGGGGCCAUGUGUCAAUGCACCACUCUUUUCUUCGGGGCUCUGUUCGUUUGCCAUAUGGCAGUGCCACUCUUUUACAUGCACUAGCUGGAACCGAAAUAAAUUACUUUCUCACUUAAGAAAAGGUUAGCACAAGAGCAUGAAAUACAAUUUCAGGUGAUGCAUUAUUGUUUACUAGCAAUAUAACUCUCCCUAUGUGGCUUUUGGUUACGUGACAGUACGCAGAUUGGUUGCACUGUUUCACCAUCAAGCGAUGCCCCACGCCACUUUUACACCACUUUCAGAGCCAAAUUAAAAGUAUAAUUUCUUAUUUAUGUAGGGAUACAAGCUUGCUUGUUUCUGUGAAUACGGCACACAAUCUUCUCAUUCCCACCACAAUGCAAAGACAUGUUCCCAGCAGUAGACAGUCCCUGUAACAAAUUACAAGAAUGCAGGUAGAAGCUUUUCAGUAGGGCUCCAGGAAAAAGGCUGUUCUUUAGUUACCCACCCUCUUUUUGCUUUUCGUCUGUCUGUUUAACUGUUUCCAAUUAAGCAGGAUAGUUUCACAGCAUAUAAACACUACACCACUCUGGUAAUAGUUUCAUGUUUCAACUGCUCAAGGGCAAGGCGAAAUAGUACUAUACAGUGGAAUUUCGGUACACGGAAAUCAGGUAAACAGAACUGCCUCUUAAACUGAAGACCAUCCUCAUGUUUGGUUGGUUUUGUAUUCAUGCAAAUGUAUUCAGCUUUGUCUCCCAGUAAAUAGAACUCCUGAUAAAGGCAACCAAUUUCCCUGGUCGCUUGAGUCCACUAUAAUUGUUUUGUACUUAAAGCUCUGAUGAAGCCACUUUCUUGGUUGUCAGGCUGUUCUUAGUGCUAAGCACGAUGCAGUAUUUCAUGCUACAGUAGGUCACCAUGACAUCUUUUGUACUGUCCUUUCAGAUGCUCCAAGCUAGCUAGAGAACAAAUUGGGAAGAUAAGUCUUUGUACAUUUCAGCUUUGCUGGCUGAAUAUGCUAGCUGAAGAGCCUUAAGUGGCAUGCAGUUCUCUCUAACUCAAGAACCAUACAUCAUUAGUAUAUGAGCACUUAGAGUUGCUCAGUUAUUCUGAUAGAAUAUAUUGCCCUCUUCAUGUGGGCAUAUCUUGGCUACUUUGAAGCAGAGGAGAAAUCAGCUUUCAAGGGAGCUUUAGUUCAAAAGUUUGUCGAUGUUGCAGCCUCGACUGAACGAUCCUUUAACAGAACUGUUGGAAUCCUUUUAUCAGCUUCAAACUGCUUGCAAAAUAAUUUUAAAAAACCUUGACUUGUGAGCCUUACAUUUUGAAUUUUCUACCAUAUUUAACAUGUUGGUUCAAUCUAUUAACACAACUUGUAAAGCUGAUGCAAGAGAUGUACAGAGCUCAAUGAACACUCAUUACUGUGAGCAGGUGUUCAUCACUCCAUUUAAGGGGGGAGGCGGGGAUCAGAAUUAACUUUUUUGUUUCUUCACAGAAAGGGCUGAAAUUUGGCACACACACUGCACAUUGCAAUAAAGUGACAAAUCUAAAAUUUCAUUAGGAUAUCUUAAUUAGUUUUUGUUUUAUAAGAAUUUACAAGUUCCUUGCUUGUGGAAAGCCUGGCACAGUAAUGAAACGUGAUAGGGAGCUGGGAAUACCUUACAUGUUUGCCCAGAUGUCUAAUCUACAUCAAGACAGUGUUCGAUUUUUUUUUUAAGGCGCUAAUAAUUUUUUGCUCAACAUAACAUGCACAUGACUGUGCUUCACUGCAUGGAGCCAUUUAGUAAUUGUGAAAUAAUUAAAUAAUGGAAAGGUAAUGAAACAUUUCAAGACUGUCUUUACAUACAGCACAGCUUCUGGAUCACAGCAAAACAAACUGGACCAAAAUCGGUCCAGCCAUUGUUGUGCUAUGCUUUCCACGAGCGAGGUGAUUGACAAAAAAAAUGCAACUGAGAAAACUGGCUGCAAAGUUUUAAAAGCACUGAAAAUUUAUUAAAAAGUACCAGGACUGUAAUAUUUUGAAUCAUUGCUGUCAGGCAUCUUCUUACACCUUUGCCUCAUUGUUUGGUGGGCUUUGGAUGCCUUCUUCAGGCGUUCUUUAUCCUUUUCUUGCGCCGUCUGGAGUUGUGCACGACCACCAUUUUCACUGCCAGACCGAGCCUGGUAUCGCAGUGUACACCCACAGAACGCUGUUGGCAUCUUGGGCACAGAGUUUUAGCGAUCAAAGAGUUCACCGCGGAAACAGGCAUAAUAAUAACUCACAGUCACAGGGGGCCGAAAUUUGUUCUUGGCAUUGCUGCUUCCGCUCAGUCGCGGACACUGCGCGAAGGGAGUCGCGAACGCUGCAUGCUUGCGCUUCUGCAGUCACCGCUGACAUAAAACGCGGCUCGCGGCGCGUCUGAAUCGUGCGACGAUUCGUCUGGUGAGCCUCGAGUCACCAUACAGUAUGUAGCUCGUCGACGGUUGGGGCUCACUCACAGGCUGCGUGUCCCUGUCGCACCAUGCAUCGAAAACGCGCACCGUCUCUGCCGGCGAUGGGGACCUUCGACCCGUGUCGCCAUCAACAACGCGAUCUCGGUUGCGCGCGGCCGUACGCACAGGUGCGAAAGCCUCUGUUGGCACGUCUUCCGGUGGCAUGGUUAUCAGUGUCGAUGUCACAGGGCGAUUGUCGGCUUCGCUGCUGGAAUCGCACGGUGCAAGAUAACGCGGCACGUUAUCCGCGUGUUCAGUCGGGUUCUCCGCUUCUCCCGCUGGCCGCCGUCUUUUUCUCGCCGUAGGAGGCUUGCGCUUCCGUUUUCCGAAGGCAUGCUUCAUUUAAAAGUUCUUUUCGAACGAGCGACGAUCCAUCACUGACCUGGGAGCGUUCAUAAAUCCGAAUUCUGCGAGUGGUAAACGAAGAAAGACGCCGGCGUGGUUUUCAAAGCAGACAGCUGCGGUCCGCUGUGGUUGUCAGCUUGCCCGCUGCUGCAGCAGCAACCAAUGGCGAGACGCCUUUCAGUACGGCAACCAAUCGGAGGCCCGCUUUCAUCGCAGGGCCCGUGUGACAGCCUCUAGCAGACCCGCGCUUCUUUUGUGUUUGUGUGUUUGUUACAAGAUGGCGACGACCGAAGAAUUCAGAAACGGAAUGGCGAAACUUCGAGCUUUCGAACGAUACCAAGAUGGCGGCGUUCGGUGGCGGGAAAGACGAGUUAGGGCUCCGCGAACUGCGGUGAUUUUACGCGAUUAAAAGCUGUUUUCUCGCCCUACGCACUGAUAAAUUAAUUUUUUUCGGGCACUUUUAGUGCGUUUUCAGUCAAACCAUUUUGAUACAAUGUAGAUUAGGCAUUGCAGAUACCGAAACGCGUCGUUGCCAAAAAUCGAUCUUUUUUGCGAUUUUCGCGAUCUGAUCCCCGCUUCCCCCCUUAAUGCACUGUUUUGGCGGUCUUGGCAGCAUUUUGCUUGAAGCAAGAAUUAGGGGUGCAUGGUUGUGGGGUUAGUGAUCAUCUUGCAAGCUUGCAUGCACAAAAUGUAAGUGUGUGUGCAAACUGCACACACUUAACAAAACAAUGUCACUCCAAAUUCAAAAUGCUUAGCAUUCAGAUUAUUGUUUCAUUCAAUGAGUAUCGUUCACUGUGAGGAACAGCCGAAGUUGUUCAUGUGAUGUAUUCUUUGUGGACUAGACACAUACAACUCACAAAAUUUAUGAAAAUGAGACCCUUGAAACUAGGCCACUUCAAGUUACAGAAACUGGCAUUAAGUACAGUAGCAGUUGUGACAAAAAUGUACACAGCUGCAUUGACUAUGUCUAACUGCUUAAAACAUGUUUGAUACAACUUUGAAAUCAUCUGGAUAAUUGUCUCAUUCACAUAUUUUAACAGGUGAAGGCUAAGGUCUCUAAUUGUGGGAAAGGGUUUCUGACUUCAGUUUCUUAGGACCUGGUAUGUCUUUUGAAAUUCCAAAAAACCAGCCUGACCUCCCUUGGCUAAAAUUGCCUUUUAACAAGGCAUCAUUUCACCAGUACAUGCAAUAGCACACAUGCUAAUUAAAGGUAAGGGAGCAUUAGGUUAGGACUCUGAAAUUGCCCUUUAUUAGAGAAAUAUACUUUAGUAGGACGUUCUUGCUGUCUAGUUGGUUCAUACUUGAAGGAAGGUUAAAACUGCACAAAAAGACGAGGACAAGCGGUAGGAACACUGCACUCUGGAUGUUUUAUGUGUUUCUUCUGCUUGUCUUCAUUUUCCUUUAUUUUUUUGCACGGGCUUAACUUUCCUUCAAAAUAGAAAUAUGUGAGCCUACAAGAAAUGUAUUGCGUGGAGAUUGUUUUUCUGUGGCCAUGAAGUAAAAGCAUGAAGGGUGGGGUGCUGUUGUAAUUCAGCUUUCAAAGUGACCGGUUUGAGGCACUCAUUCUGACAGCACCCAACCAUUUGGAGACAGAUGCGGCAUCGCACAAGAGAAAAGUGUCAGCAUAAAGACAGGACUUGGGAAGAAUGGCAACGUGCCGUGCUGGAUAGCAGCCAUUUGCUUUACAUUGUAACUCUUUUCUGGGUGAACAUUGGGGACCUUGAACAUCUUUUGAACUUAACAGAAGCACACUUAAUGUACGGGAGACGAAAUAGACAAACCCAGCAUCACCCAGACAAUCGGACAUUUCAGCUUAUGGAGAGUUUGUCUUAUGUUAUUAGCAUAUCUUAUGUUUCCUGAACGUGCACACUGGAACAGAUUCUGCAUUCACCUACCUGGGUUCUGAGUAGGUGAACGCAGCAGGUGGAUCAGCAAAGGCAAGCCUCCGCACAAUGAACAUUGAUAUAACAAUUUAUUGAGAAUACUGAAAUAUAUAUAAAGAUCUUGCUGGCCGCAUUCCACAUCAGCAAGUGUUCUAUCACUGCAACCUAAUUGAAAACAAAGGGCUCAACACAGUACCGGUUUCAACAAAGCACAUUAUGCUUCUACAUAGUAAUGCCUGUGUAAGCUGGCUGCAAGAAGGCUAAAUAUAUAUUUGCAAAAGUGACUCAUAACUGCAGUAUUUCACACAUUUCAGUCACCUGACAUGCAACAAAGUGCAUGUCUGUUGGUGCUUGGGCCUUGCAUGAACAGCAAACAGAGCUUAUCUCUAGAAAAGGGGUGGCCCUUUAUCGUAUAAUCGCAGCUACCUGCAGCGCUGUAGGCAGAAAAAACUGCCAGAGCCGAAUUUUUCAUGUGCUUUUAUAAUUAAUAUUGGGCAUAAUGAACAAAACUUUUUGCCAAUUUGUCAACCCAGAGGGAGGGCAACCCAACUUAAAACCCUGGACAUCAAGAUUAGACCAUUUCACCUGCCAUUAAAUGAAAACGUCAAUUUUCUUUAUACAAAAAAUGACGACAGACAAGCCCCGAUAGAAUGAAUUAUUCUUUAAUCGUAGAUGUGGUGCUCACUGACCAAUACUCAUGUAGAUUAACUCCGUCAUAAGAAAGUGGACAUGGGAUAUAUAAAACUCGGGGCUUUUGCUGCCGAGUGAAGAGCCGCCUCGCCUGAAAAUUUCUGAAGGGUGUCUUUUGCAUUGGAUGCACUGCUCCGGUACUGUGCAGACAUUGAGAGAAGUGGACUGGAGCGGGUCUUCAUAAUCUUGUGCGUUGAGAAUGCCACUCUUAAUCGUGCUGAGGAUCACUUUAAGGCAGAGUGAGUGAGUGAAUGUUUACUUGAGAGACCAAGCUCUUGGUGCCAAGAGGUGGGUGGCUACCCUAUUCCAGAUAGCUGUGACCCUGUGCUGACAGGCUAGCGCUGUUUGUCAGCCAUACCUGGUCCUCAGGACUUGGGCUUGUCACCGGCCCUGCCGCUGGUCUUCUGCUGCUGUUUGGAUGGGCGUUGUCUGUGGGCUCUUGUUGCAUUCCCAGAUAAUCUCGGUAGAGGGUGCGUGGUGUUAUUGCACAAUUUGCAGUCUCUUGUAUAUAUUGAGGGACACAUCUGUACAAUAGAAUUCCGUGGAGGUAAUUAACAGAAAAUAAAAUUACAGCACGCUGCGCAUUGUUUUGUUUUGAGUAAAUUUAUUUCUUCCUGGCUUCUUCUUUCUACUCGAGUUAAUGAAUCCACAUGGUGAAUGCACCACAAAAGUUGAAAAAGGUGUUUUAUUCAAAUUUGGGUAUAUUGAACUGCCUAAUACAUCAAACUAAAUUUUACACACGUGCACAUUCAUUACGAGGUUCAACUGCACAUACAACCUGUAUUUUUGUUCUGGCUCUCAGUUGACGCAGGCUAUCCACCAUGUUCAAUUUGUCACUCUGUUUCCCUUAAUUUCUUAGCAAGACAUGAUACCAGCCAGCUGAGCAUGGCACCUUGUAAAGGCAGCAGCUAUGUUGUUUCUCUUCAGUACAAACUAGUGUCUUGUCAUGUUAUUUAUCAUUUUACUGAGUCACUAAAGAAGAAAGUGUGCAACCAACUAUUUAUACACUCGGUUUCUGUUAACAUUUAUUCCUCAUAGGCACAAAUCUUUGCAAGUAUGGUUUCAUAGCAUUAUAUCGGUAGGUAAAAAAAAUGCAGCAACAGGUGAAUUUAUCAUUCUUUAAAGAUUGUUAUGCCCAGGCUAGUAAAUUUAGAACAGCUGAUAACCUAUGGCUGCACCUGCUACAAUGAUUCUGCACAAAUCACAUGAGUAUGCUACAAGCACCUCCCAAGGAUGUUUUUCACCAAGUUUGUAAAGGCAUGUUUGCUUCCUUGAGGCAUCAGUGAAGCUCUACUUGCUUUCACAAGUACAGGUUAUACUUUUAUUACAGUGAUCAACUUAGCAAUGUGUUAGGCCUGCUAACUGAAGUGCAGUUAGUGAUCACUCUGUCAAAUUCAGUUUCGUAUAAAUUACCUUAAUCUAUUAAUCCUGACAACCACCAACACCGACCUUCUCAGCUACAUAUUUAACGCUGUCACUAAAAAGGGCAUCUGUACGACACUAUGAUUGUUUUUUUUUUCUGCUGCGAAUGGUAAAUGUUAUGGAUAAAGAAUAGUUUAUCAAGUAUGAGAUAAUGGCUCUAGGUACUCACCUCUUUACUUUUCAUGCGGCUGCAGAUUGGUAACAAUUUGAUAAGUUAUAUAGUUAAUAAGUUUCUUUUCUUUAUACUUUCCUCUUUUUGAUGUACAGUGCACUCCACUGUUGAAUUGGGAGCACAGAUAUGCAAGGCUAACACUAUGUGGCUGUUUAAGCUGCAUGUGCAAGUGAAAGUAAUGUCUAUGCUCUUUGCAGCUGCAUACAGAGUGAUGAGUGCCACCUACCGUAAUUUUUCUGUAGCACAGCUAAGCGCUUGCAGACUUUUCAGACAGAAAUAUUCGCCCAUGCAUCGCUUCUACCCAUUUCAUUUUACACUGGGCCACACUGUACGUAAUGUUGCUGCAUCUCAUUGACCAUUACACUGCAAAUGUCUUUGGUAGUUUGCAUUUGCUUUCUUGAGCAAAAUUCGUAUAGAAGUGUGACUGUGUUUCUGCCUUUCAUAAACAUGGUGAAACUACGAUGAUGAUAUGUGAUAUCGUGAGAAGCCAACAAACAGGCAGCUGGACAACAUAGGGGAAAUUACUUUGUAUUUAAUUGAGUUAGAGAAAU